AUUCGACUUGGGAGGCUUCCUCAAAAUUUUCUCAAAUUCGGGAGAUUGGGAUCUGCUACUAAGAUAGUAGUGUAGAUGCACAGAGAAUAGAUGAACGGCUUUAAACAGCAUUUAAAAGCGGCAAACUCUGCUAAGAAAUAUUCGAAACAAAAAUUUUUUUUCCUAUUUAUCAACUUCCUAAAAAACUAGCUGUUUCAUUUAUCUGCUAAAUAUUUUUCUAGUUAAUAAAUAGUUGUUUGUAAAAUUUAAUGUUAUAGUCGUUGGUCACGUGUUCGGAUUUUUGAAAUCUAUUUCGGUCUAGAUGUUUAGAAUGUAUCAUUAAAGGGUAUCUAACAUAUGCUUCUUAUCGCCUUCGUUAUCAUUUGUUGAUUAAAUAAAUAGUUACAUUUAGCAUCUAAUAUCUCAAAAGACCAAAAUAUGGUGUUUUCUGAUUUAAAUUUUGGCUAAUUUCAAAUACUAGGGUCCUGUUUACUUUGUAUUACUGUCGAUGUUCUGUUUUGUUAUACAUCUACUUUAUAUUUCACUAGAUCCUUGAUCAUGGGUACUUUAGAUCCAUACCCCAGCUCAUCAUCUAGUAACUCAAAAAAGUGUAUGAAUAAUCCUAUGAGAUUCUCAGUUAAUAAGGAUGUAAUAAAAAAAGCUGAAAAUCAAGAUGUGAAUUCAAUUCAACGUAUUGUCGCAUAUGAUCAUUUAGAAUUUGAAACAAGUGUUAUUGAGCAAGCUAAAAAUUCUUUCAAGAGAAAUAAUAGUCUUCAGGUCAGUGCGACAAGGGAAAGACUUUCUACUUUAGACGAUGAUAUAAUGUAUGUUAAUAUUGCUUAUCUCUGAUCUCACAGGUCUGCUCAACAUGAACUGGAAAAAAUGGAAUUAUCACUUGAUACAUUGCUCGGUCAGGUGUCUAAUAGCAGUUUGGAAAACAGGAAAAUACGUUCUUUAGAGUUAGAGAUAGAAACAAAGGCAAGACUCACUCUCCGUAAAUUGUUUAUUGUUUUUUGUAGAUGAAGCUUAUUGACACUUUAAUAUCUAGGAAAUCCGCUCUGUUGAGUAAACUGUCUUCUUUGGAGAAGGCCAACUUUAUUUCAGAUGACGUUCCAAAACCAGAUGAAGAUUCGCUAAGUGUGAAUAUCGUCAAACCACUGUCCGCAGAUGACUUUAAUUCUCCUAUAAAACAUCUCAGUACAAAGUUAUAUAAAGUAAAACGUGAAAACAAUGCUGUAGAACUGAAAAAGCUGUCUAAAUAUAAACAUAAUGAUGAUGCUGAUAUAAAUGCGUUUCAGGAACGAUUGAGACGUCAAAGACGUGCUAAAUUAUUAGAAGAGCAAUUAGCUAGAGAACAUGAGGUUAGUAGUUUUUGUAUACAUUUUUAAUGAGUACAUUUUACCUCAAGAUGUAUUUAUUAUGUUACCAGACCAUCAGUCAGUUAUGUGAGUAAUUACUAAAUGGAUGGUGAAUGCUCGAAAUUUUUUGUUCUUCGAGAAAUUACUGUACAGUGGGAGAAUCUCCCCCACGUAAUGUCUACUAAUGAUUAUUGCUCAUAUUUGAAAUAGGGUAACUUUAAUUCAAGAAUGUUGAGCAGUUAUAUUUUACUGAUAAUCUGAUGUAAAAGUCUUAACUAGAAGUGUUUUGUAGAUCCUGAAAUAGUAACUUAUGUUCCUGUGACUAAGGUUUGUAUUCUUUUGAAGGUAAAAAGCAUUGUUUGAUGAUAGUCCUAAAAUUCUAUGUCUGCAUUUUCUGAUUAUUAUUAUUAUUUUUACUACUAAUGUCAUAUUGAUUAUGAGUAACUGGUUUUGUAAGAAAACGUUAAAAUAUUUUCGUUUGUGUGAUUUUAUGUAAUAAGUAUCCAUUCACUGUUUAUGUACGAUAACAAGUUGUCAAUAGUAUCUUAGUCGUAUAAGUGGUCCCACGCUUUUUCUAUAUCUAUUCAUUCCUGUGUUGUAUUUGAAUUACGAAUUUGUUAUGAUACUCAAUUUGGAAGCUGUUAUAGUUAUUAACUCUUUAGCUUUCACAUAUUUCUAUGCGGUUUAGUAUAGCUUAUUUCAAUUUGAGUGGAUUUGUUUAAACUUGUAGUACUGUCGUCUGUUCUUAUUUAUGUGAGUGUAUUUCUCCCUUCAAAUGAUGAUGCAUACUUUGAACUAUCGAUAACUUAUGUGAAGAGUUAGAUAAUAGAUUACAAUAUUGGUCUCCUAACUGUUAGGUCUUGGGGCCAAGGCCCACCCCAUCUAUUUUGAUUUAAGGAGCUAGGUCUUAAUACACUAUCUUCCACACAAACGGUGUGGUUUGAAGUCAAGUAAAAAACCCAUAUGUCUGGAACUGAAUGUUUUUGUUGUUUACUUAUAAAAAUACCAAUAUUUCUGUUCUUUUUUCGUUGAAUUAGUUGUCAUUUUAACUAAUGCAUAACUUUAAUAAGACUUACUAUAAUGUACGUCUUAUUAUUGUUCUCGAAUUUCUUAAGAAAAAGAUAAAUUCAUUUUAGGUACAUUCUAGUAAUCCUUCUGAUGAAAAACUAGAUGGUGGAUUUUGUGUCCCGGGUUCUAUUUGGUGUCGAUUAUUUGAUUAUCAACGGAAAGGUGUCAAAUGGCUAUGGGAUCUUCAUCAAAAAGGAUAUGGUGGUAUUAUUGGAGAUGAGAUGGGUCUGGGAAAAACCAUACAGAUUAUUGCCUUACUAGCUGGAUUGCAUUAUUCGAACAUAGAAGAUAAAUCGUAUCGUUUAUAUCUAUCUACUCGUAAUCUAACUUCUGAAUGUCAGCAAGAAUUUUUAGGAUUAGGUCCGACUUUAAUUGUUUGUCCAGCUACACUGUUAAAUCAGUGGAUGUCAGAAUUCCAUUCAUGGUGGCCUCCUAUUCGUGUAGCUAUAUUGCAUUCGACUGGAUCCUGCUAUGGAAAACCAAAUAAACUUAUACAAAUGAUAAAUAAUAAUCCAGGAAGUGUUCUUUUAACUACAUAUUCAACUUUAGUGACUUAUCGUGAUAUGCUAACAUCUCGGAAUUGGUCGUAUGUUAUACUGGAUGAAGGGCAUAAAAUAAAAAAUCCAGAAGCUGAGGCUACAUUAGCUGUUAAACAUUUUUUCACUCCUCAUCGUUUGAUUCUUUCUGGUAGUCCAAUUCAAAAUAAUCUACGUGAAUUAUGGUCACUUUUUGAUUUUGUGUGUCCUGGACGAUUAGGACCUUUGCCAGAAUUUAUGCAACAAUUUUCUAUACCAAUUACUCAAGGAGGUUAUGCUUCCGCUUCACCGCUUCAGGUUGAAACAGCUUAUCAAUGUGCAUGUACUUUACGAGAUCUUUUAAAACCAUAUCUCAUUCGAAGACUUAAAGCUGAUGUUCAAAUUCAACUGCCAGCUAAAUCGGAACAAGUUUUAUUUUGCCGACUAACUGAUUAUCAACGAAAACUUUAUCGAGAAUACUUAGAGUCUCAAGUAUGUAAAGAUUUACUAAAUGGAAAAGGCAAUAUUUUUCCUUCCUUAAUACUAUUAAGAAAUUUAUGCAAUCAUCCAGAUUUAGCUACAGGUGGUCCAAAAGAUAGUUGUUUUCUAAAUGAAGAGUUUGAAUCCGAUAAACAUGGUAUUGAAAAUGUAUGCUUAUCUUAUUCAUGGUCACGAUUUGGUUGCCCACGUAGAUCCAGUAAAAUGUUAGUUGUUGCUUCACUUCUUAAAAACUGGUAUGAUCAAGGACAUAAAGUUCUACUGUUUUCACAAAGUCGUCGUAUGCUUACAUUACUUGAACGUUUAGUACAGUUGAUGAAGUUUUCUUAUCUUAGAAUGGAUGGAACUACUCCUGUUAGCCAACGUCAUGAACUUAUUCGACGUUUCAAUUACCGUUCGACAUCGGAUAGUGAGAAAAUAAAUAGGACAUCAGAUCAGUUAGAUAUAUUUCUAUUUUUAUUAACUACACGUGUCGGCGGUUUAGGUGUAAAUUUAACUUCAGCUAAUCGAGUACUUAUCUAUGAUCCAGAUUGGAAUCCUACUACCGAUCUACAAGCUCGUGAAAGAGCAUGGCGUAUCGGACAAUCAAGAGAUGUUGUUAUUUAUCGUUUAUUGACAAGCGGUACUAUUGAAGAAAAAAUCUAUCAUAGACAAAUAUUCAAACAAUUCCUUACUAAUCGAAUUCUCAAAAAUCCACGUCAGCAGCGAUUUUUUAAAACAAAUGAUCUUCAAGAAUUGUUAACUUUUGAAGAUGAAUCAGAUAUACAAAUCCCAGAAACAGCUUUGUACUUGAAAUCGGAAGGUAUGGGUCAUACACUGACUAAUUCGUUAACCGAGAAUCGAUUUGAUAUACUUGCUAAAAAACUGAAAAAUAAUCCAUUGCAAAGCAAAUCAUCACACGUGAAUACAGAGAUUAGUACUGGUAGUGAUGUUGAAGAUGAUGAUGAGAAGGAAGAGGAUGAAGGCGAAAGUGAAUCAAACGUUUCUGUGGAUGACAAUUUUACAAACACUUUGUUAAAUCCUGAUACAAAAAAUAAGCGUACAGAACAACUUCGUCAACUUGCUAAAGAAAUAAGCCGUCGUAUAGCCGAGGAAUGUUCAAACAAAGAUAAUCCAGUCGAAUCGGUGACUAAGCAGUCUAAAGAAAUGACUUCAAACAAACAUAGUUUAAAUCGCAAACGUAAAUCUGAUACCAGAGGGACACGGGUGGAUGGAAAAAGAAUCAAGCUAGUAGCAAAACAGUGUAGGUAUGAUGUUGGUGAAGGCAUGGAUAUCUCUUUAUCUCGAAAUCGACUUGCUGAACCAGUCAAAGCGACAAGCAGUAAUGCUGAAGAUGAUAACUUUAUUCAAAGUGUCUUAGCCAGUUCUUGUUUAAGUAGCAAUUACUUAUCCAUUAAUAAACAAGACUACUCUACGGUUUCUUCCUUUAAGGAAAAGCGAUCAAUGGUAGAUCAAGAUACGCGUGAUGAAGCAAGUCGAGUUGCAAAAGAAGCUCUGAAAAAUAUUCAGAAAUUUCACAAAUCCAAUGAAAUGAAAUGUAAAGAGUCGUUUCAAAAAAGUAAAGAUGAUGUCGAAAAGGCAAGAAAUAGAAAGUCUUCAAAAAUUAAAUAUACAGAUCAUCAAGUUCUCCAUUCACUUUCUUCCCAUAAAUCAUCGAAAUUCACAAAAAAAGUGUCCGUAAGCAGUUCACCGAUAUUUCGUCAAAUAACUCAAAUAGUACAUCAUGAUAAAUUAUUGGAUGAAAUGACUAAUCCGAAUCACAUUGAUUCUUCAUUUGACCGGUUGGCCGUGAAUCGAUUAGCAAAUAAAGCUAUUAUUGCUUUAGAAGAAGAAGUCAAGCGUUGGCAGCAAUGUAAUAUCAGAUCUUUUUCUGAAACUACAGAAAUAUCUCAACGUAGAUUAGUUUUUUAUCCUUUUGGUCAAGCUAAAAAUCGUUUCCUUUGGAAUCGAAAUGAAUCAACUAGUUAUGGUUAUAUUCAACUUUUACAAGCAUCAAGUGAUUUUGAAUGUUCAACUAAAAAAGCUUAUAAUGAAAAUUCAGCUAAUUUGCAUGUUAGAUUUAGUUCAGAAUUACUUUUAAGUCUUAUACGUUCGCGUAAAAUCAUUCGUCAUAAUCAUUUACACAGUUCAUCUAGUACCGAAUCAAUUGAUAGUGUGUUAAAUCAUUCAAUGCAGCGUCUUUGUGCUGAACUUAUUCGAACACUUGGUAGCUCGAAUACUGUUACAAGCGAAUAUUUAGCAGUACAUUUUAAAUCUAUUCUGAAUGAGAACAAUGAUUGUUCUACAGUAAAUAUUCAUAAUAACACUAAUGUUGUAAAUAGAAGUAUUACAUCCCGACAUUUUCGCUCAUUGCUUAAACAACUUGCAAUAAGACAUCGGUCGAAAUGUGAUCAAUCUCAACUGGAUUUACCUUCACGUGGUCGCUUGGAUGAUGUAUGGACUUUGCGUGAUAAAUUUCAGUCUGUUGCUAGUUAUCUUUUAGUAAACUUGGCAGUAGCAGAAAGGCUGGAUCAAUGAAACAAAAUUGUAAUAUAUUGACAUGAUAUGUUCAUUGCUACCUCCUACAUUUGUAUAGUUUAUUUUAAUACAGAAUCCAAUAUACACAUACCAGACUUUUAUUUUUAAAAUAUAGAAUUAAUAAGAAUAUGGUUUUCUUUCACUAAAGUGUGAAUAUCAAUUACUAGUUAUCUCAAAAAAAUUAGAUGAACUUUUAUUUUUAAAACCAGAAAAUUGGUACUAGAAAUGCAAUGUUUUUUUAGUGCCUUGAAAGUCUUUCCAGAAAAUAUCGAUAAAUCAAACCGCUAUGUCCGAACAAUGAAUGAGUUGUAACUUCCGGGAGUUAUUUAUAACUUGUUUUCGUAUAUAUAUUCUUAUCGUACAAUUGCUAAGUAACUAAAUCGUAUAAAUUUACAUUCCUUUUGUCAUAAGUUUUCAUUUGAUCCAUGGAUUAAUGUUAUAUGAUUUACUUUCCCUAAUUUAUUCCUAACCUAUUAGUCUGCUAUACUCAGCCGCUUUUGACUUGAUCUUUUGUAAUAAUUAUUUUUCAUUUCACAGUGUGAUAAGAUCUCGUAUGCUUGUACAUAAACCGCAUAUGUCUGAAAUAUACGAUUUAUGUAGCGGAGGAU